GAUGCGUCCCCGCGUCCCCAGUUCUCUAAUUAGAUCGCCCACCUGUCCGCCCGAAUGUCACGCCGGCUUAAUAAUUAUUUCCUACCGCGGUCCCGUAACAAUGCCAUUAUCGAUUGUUUAUAGCCGACGGACCGGCUAGCCGGACAACAACGAGCAUUGAGUGACAUUUGUAACACUGAUAUCUUGUUCCAUUAGGCUAAGCUGGCUCUCUCUGUUUUUCAAAAUGAAACGGAGUAGAUAAAACAUGGUGAUAACUCCGCUUCGGUCCUUGGUUCUCUGUGGUGAAAACAGACAAGACAUGGAGGAGUGGUUGAAUACACUAAGAACAGAGAAUCGUCCUCAGGGUGAUCCUGGAACUGCCGAGUUGCUGGGAGGUAAUCACCAAUGGUACGCAACUAGUCACGCCAGACCUACAUAUUGCAAUGUCUGCAGAGAUGCCCUGCAUGGUGUUACUUCCCACGGCUUAAGUUGUGAAGCAUGUAAAUACAAGGUGCAUAAGAGAUGUAGUGCAAAAGCAAUAAAUAAUUGCAAGUGGACCACUUUAGCAUCUAUUGGGAAAGAUAUCAUUGAGGACCAAGAUGGGAACAUCACAAUGCCACAUCAGUGGAUGGAAGGAAAUUUGCCAGUGUCCUCAAAAUGCUUUGUCUGUGAAAAGACAUGUGGCUCUGUACUUAGACUUCAAGAUUGGCGGUGUUUAUGGUGCAAAGCAACUGUGCAUACAGCAUGCAGACCUGCCAUAAGUAUCAAGUGUCCACUUGGACCAGCUAAACUCAGUGUAGUGCCUCCUACGGCUUUGCAUAGUAUAGGUAGCGACGAAGCUUGGGAAGCAGUUAGACCUACAGGAUGCAGUCCACUUUUAGUAUUUGUAAACAGUAAAUCUGGUGACAAUCAAGGUAUUAAGUUUCUUAGGAGAUUUAAACAAUUACUGAAUCCCGCACAAGUGUUCGACCUUAUAAAAGGAGGACCAGGUCCAGGAUUAAGACUGUUUCGACACUUUGAUCCAUUUCGGAUCUUGGUGUGUAGUGGUGAUGGAUCUGUGGGAUGGGUACUUUCAGAAAUUGAUCGACUUGGAAUGCACGCGAAACAAUGUCAAGUUGGAGUACUACCUUUAGGAACAGGAAAUGACUUAGCACGCGUAUUAGGCUGGGGAUCGUCAUGUGAUGAUGACACGCAUUUACCUCAGCUAUUGGAAAAGUACGAAAAAGCGGGCACAAAGAUGCUAGAUCGAUGGAGCAUUAUGACAUUCGAACGUAGCAUAUCUCUGCCACCAUGUCACAAAGUAACCCAGCCCGACCCGGCUAUAAAAUCAAGCGUAGCUCAUCAGUACGAAGACAGUGUUCUUGCUCAUAUAACGAACAUUUUGCAAUCUGAUCAGGAAAACGUAGUUAUAUCUAGUGCCAAAGUUUUAUGCGAAACAGUAAAAGAUUUUGCAACACAUAUACUGGAAGCCAGUCUAAACACAGGGGACCAACAAUUGGGAGAAAAGUGUGCAAUACUUCAGCAAAAACUUGAUCUAUUGUUACAAACAUUGUCAAAAGAAGAGAGCUAUUUAUCCGAUAACACAGAAGAUAUUGACAUUGGCACUCUAAAAACUGAUACUUUUAGCAGCGUCCAAGAAAAAGGUGCUUUAGAAAAGCCAGAAAAAGAAAUGACAAAUUUAAAAAAAGUUAAAAGAAGAAGAUGUUACAUGGAGAAAGAUGUUGUGAUGUCUAGGGCAGAUAGUUUGAAAAGAGCUAUUAGGAGAUUAGUGGAACACACAGAAACAGCUGUUGAUGAGCAAAAUAAUCCUUCAGAUGAGAAGCAAAGUAACAAGACGCCGAACAUCGCCAUAAUACCCGAUAAUUCUCCGAUAAAUGUGACAAGCAAAAAGCAACAAUUGGAUAUUCCUGGUUUAUCGCCAACAGACCAGAUUGACAACAUAAAUUUAAUAUCAAUUAUAGAACCUAGCAGUCCCAUAGAGAUUUUACCUUGCCCAAGUCCCACACCUAACGUAGCAUCUUUGAGUCCAAUGCCAGAUUUAAGGAGAGACUCACAAUCUGAAGAGCUACUGACUCUACCUGCACCCGAUGGUUUCGCCGAUAGUAGACGAAACAGCGAAAAUCUCCCACAAGGAGUUCUCGAUUUUGAUGUGAUUGCAACACAAACUGUCGGCGGUCAACAAGAAUCUCAGGCAAUUAACAACGAUAAUUUCCUAUCUUCCGAACCUACGGAAAUAGAAGUUUCCUCCGACAUUCCAAUAACUGUGACAAAAACUAUUUUGGAUACAAGUACACCAUCAGACGAUGCAACUAUGCAGGACACUAUCAUUUCUCCCGACACAGAUUCACUUCAUUCUAGAAAUAUUUCGCCAGAGCAUGUGCAAAAACCUAUAAUAGCCAAAUUAGAACCCAGAGGUAGCUGCACUAACAGCAUUAUCAGUACAGAUAGCAUGGUUUCUGAAACAUUUGAUUCUAAGAGUUAUACCGUUCGAAAUAGUGAGAGUGAAAUCGGGCAUAUAGACAGUGAUAUAUUUGACUCUACAAAAAAAUCGGAGAGCUCGGAAAUCGGACAUAUCGAUUCGCCAGACAAUUCCGAUAUGCUUUCCAGCGAAACUCAACAUUCAGAAAGCGGCUUGGAGGAUUUAAGUUCCCUCGGACAGGAUGUGAUCAGUGCGAUAAUGGGUGAGAAGUACGAUUCCGUCAGAGAAGGUUUAGAGAUCGAAGAAUCGCAUAGAUAUUGCGGCUUAGCCCAAUUUAGCGAAGGGAACGACAUCGGGAGACAAUCGUUCAAAAAGGGCACAAGAAACAUAAAGAUGGAUAAAGAGAGUAUUCUAAAUAAAUAUAAAACGGAAGGCUUGACGACGUGCGUACGAGUCUCGGGAAUUAAAUCGACUCAGCAGUCUGUAGAGACAAAUGUAGUAAUUGCAACUAGAUUCGAAACUGUUGAAAAGGAAAGGACAUCUGAUUUGCUGAAACCAGUAUGCUGUUUUACCGUUUCCUCAGACAACACGCAAGCUAACGAAAAGUGCCCUACGAAUUUUCCGCCGCAAAUUAGUGUUAUCGUUGAUCCACCAAGCCCAUCGUUGUCAAUUGACAGUCAUCACAAAUUUAAUUUAGAUUAUAAAUUGGAUCCGAAUGACAAGCAAUAUAGUAGCGGCAACAGCAUGGAAAGAUUAAGCGUGGAACUGCCUGAUUCGGGCUUUUCUCCGCAAGCUACGCGACGUAUAAGCAGUGGCAGUUUGUUAAAAGCAUCAGAAGUUGUGUCGUUGGCGGCAACUACCGCUCGUCUGGGUGGCUCGAGUGUAAGCUUGCGCCAUGAAAGAGCAAAAUCUGUAGAUAAAACAGAGGACGUAAAAAAACUUCCCAUAAUAAAUCCUUUAGUCCGAUUACCUAUGUGGCCAAAUGUAAGUGGUGGAGCUGGUCUCAUCAGUCAAGCAUUGCUGGCAAAUGCGGAUGCUCUGUGUGCAGCAGUGUCACCUUUAAUGGAUCCAGAUGAAACAUUGAUGGAAGGUUACUUUGAACGAUGCGUCAUGAACAACUAUUUUGGUAUCGGUAUAGACGCGAAAAUCAGUCUGGAUUUUCAUAACAAGAGAGAAGAGCAUCCUGAGAAAUGCCGGUCGCGCGCUAAGAAUUACAUGUGGUAUGGUGUUUUGGGGUCUAAACAGUGGAUACAAAAGACAUACAAAAAUCUCGAACAGAGGGUUCAGUUAGAGUGCGACGGUCAAAGAAUACCAUUGCCUUCUCUGCAAGGAAUCGUCGUGUUAAAUAUACCAAGCUUCAUGGGUGGUACAAAUUUCUGGGGAGGUACGAAGGAAGGAGAUUUGUUCUUGGCACCGUCGUUCGAUGAUCGCAUUUUGGAAGUAGUGGCAGUUUUCGGAUCUGUUCAAAUGGCUGCUUCGCGACUUAUCAACUUGCAGCAUCACAGAAUAGCACAAUGUCAAACAGUCCAAAUUAAUAUCUUAGGAGAAGAGGGUGUUCCUAUACAAGUCGACGGUGAAGCUUGGAUUCAACCACCCGGUAUUAUAAGGAUCAUACACAAGAAUCGCAUGCAAAUGCUUUAUAGAAAUAGGGCACUUGAAACUUCGUUGAGAGCAUGGGAAGAGAAGCAGCGCAAUACAUUGAGUGCUGUAACUCAAUCCACUUCCACUUUGAGCAGUGCAUCGCAAUCGCAACCUCGAGUUCAAUUGCAAAUAUGUAAUAAACCUCCCCAGUUAAACGACGAGGAACUCAAUAUUCUGUUCAGUUUUAUUGAAGCCGUAACGACCUUGGUCAAAUGGGUAAAAUUAUUAAUUAUAUCACAUCCAAGCCUGGAACCAGAUUUGUAUCAAGUCGCCUCGCGAACGGCGAAUGCGCUUGAACAAGUGCAUCCGGAUGGUAAAAUUUUACAAGGGAUAAGCCUAAGACCUAUGGUAACCGAGUUGGUAUCAAGCGCACGGCAAUUGUAUGAAGAAUCUUGUGAAUUGUUGCGCGAUAAAGCCCACAACUUGAAAUUACGUGAAGAUUUAGAAAACAAGUUAUCCCUGUCUCUAGCUAGUAUGGAACAGGAAUUACGAAAGUGUACCUUUGACGAAGGAGGCACCGGACUGGUUUACUUGCAAAAUAUUCCCAUAGAUGAACAGGGAGAUAAAAAAAAUCGUCAUCGAGGGUUAUUCUGGUUAAAGUUCCGUCGCUUCGCUGGCAACUCGGGCGGCGCAGGCCAUCCGGCGCGAGAUCAGGUCACCACGUGGGGCGUUCAGGAGGUGUGCACCUGGCUAGAAAAUCUGCAGCUGGGAGAGUACGCCGAGAAAUUCGUGUCUCACGAUAUACGCGGUAGGGAGCUAUUGACCCUAGCCCGCCGAGAUCUAAAGGAGCUGGGCAUCACCAAGGUGGGACACGUUAAACGCAUCUUACAAGCCAUCAAUGAUCUGAACAACUGAGCUACGCGGAUCAUGUAGAAAUAUCGAGUUCGAUAUCGCCGGAAUAGGAAGCAUGAUCGCGUUAGAUAGCCGAUAGUAGUGAAAGAAAUACUUCUCAAAUGUCAUUCCAAAAACGCGCAAUUAUAGAUCGACAAGAGAUAACUUAGAAUCAAGUACUUGACAAACAGGAACUUUCGUAGCAUACAAGAUAAAUUUGUAGAAAAUAGAUAGACAUUAUAUUCUUGCCCUAAAAUGUUAAUUACGAUUAUAAUCUCCGACGAGUGACAUCGUGGGUAUUGAACGAAAGGAUAACGUUCACAACGAUAUCACUGUAAAAAAAGUAUCCUUCCGACUGUAUGGAAGAAAACCAUUUUGCCUGUGCCAAAUACCUAUUCUACACUAGAACUCGCAAGAAGCAAAUCUGAAUUUGUUAUCCAGCGACAAAUUUACAACGCAAUUCUAUAUAUCUAAACACAGUAUGUAUAGUACAAAGUAUGAGAUGCAUCAUCUCCUAAGGGGAUGAAUCUUACUUCAUUCUUCUACCGAGGCAUCACAGAAUCCAUGACAAAGAAGGAAAUCUCGUAUAAGCUGCACACACAUACGAAGUAGAUAUUCCUUGUAAAAUAGCAAACUUUUUAUAUCACUAUUAUUAGAACUUACGUCUUGGAUAUGUGUUUAAUAAUUAUUAUGUGUAUUCCUGCUGUUUCGAAAUUGAUGAUUCUUACACACGGUACGAGUAUCUUAAGCCUGCAAGUAGCGUGUUCUUGGAAAAACGCGUUUCUUGUAUCUUUCACGAAAAUCAAUUUAUAUUACAUCUUAUAUUCUUCGAUCAAUUUUCCAUCUAUUGUCUUCUAUUACUUCGUCGUUAUUAUUGAUAUUUAAUAUGUGAUGAGUAUGCAAUUUUAUAACUAUGUACAUCAGAUCUUCGGCUUCCUCGGUUGUUUGAUGAUAUUAAUAAUUGGUUCGAGAAGCAAUGCCUGGGUCAAGAUGUACAUGAAAGUGAUUCUACAUAUAUCUCCUUAUGGCAAUAAACACAAUAAUUAAGAGAAGCUAGAAAUGCAAAAUGUGCUACAGUAGUUCUAAAGAGUUCGCAAGAGUUAUUGUGGUGUACGAUAAGAAUAUUUUUUCUUCCUACGGGUUGGGCAUCUUGUUUGCGAGUUUUUGUCCUGUUUCCUUAAUAAUAAUUUUCGUAAUGAGUUAUAAAUUUAUCUAUUUUCAUAAUCUGCAAUGGAAGAUCAUUUCUCCAAUAAUUGAUGAUUAUUGCGCGCAUAAUAAUAUAAAUAUUGCAAACGCCGUGUAUACAGCUGUCUGCUAUUUGUUCAUAUAAUUUUCGAUCAAUCAAAUAUUAUUGCUCAUAUUGAUAAUUGGAAAGUUUGCAGCGCAGCUUUCCCGCUUCCCUAUAGCUGUUUAUUCGUUUGUCUUCGUUUCGUUAAUUAUGUGAUAAUUAGAGAAUUUCAGUAUGAAAACAUUUGUAUUAUAGUUUAGUAUUACACUUCCGUAGAGUACAUUUUCACAAAUAGAUGAAGAUACCGUAGUGUCAUAUUUAGUCUUAUACGAUAAAACAAUAUACAAAUUAUUAGCUGACGAAAUUUAAAAUGACAUAUAAUCAAACUGUGACUAUAAUAGUUACACAGAGAAUAUAAUUCUUAACAGAAGGCGUAGGCUCUUUAUUGGCAAUGUAGCUUGCCAAGUUACUAACGUUAAGUGCACUAUAACGACUUACUUAUUUUUGUCUUUUAUACGACGUCUUACAAUAUAAAACAAUAACGAGUUUAAUCAACUUAUUUGCAAUCUUAAAAAUUUCUUUACAUUCCAAUGUAUAUCUGAAAGGACAAAAGUGCCUAGAGUCACUAAUCUUACAUACAGACAAAAAAUGUGGAUGUAAAAUUCAUACGUAUAUGUGAAUGUGUUGCGUGUUCCUUUUCGUAUUUUUAAUUUAGAAACACGAGAUUAUAAAUCGUGAACGCAAUAUUUGUGCAAAUUUUCCUCCUAUAUAACUUUAUGAAAAUUGUAUCAUUACAAUCAUGCAACAAAACGUCGCACUUUAGUAGAUUACAUUGUUGCAAUAAUGUAAUGCAGUAUUACGUAGAAUAAUAUUAUAUUCGAUAACUCUUAAUUUAUACUAAUUAAUAUUAAUGGAAUGUUUUUACGGGAGAAUUAUUCGAAAUUUUUUAAUUUCUAGUAUAACGAUUAACUUUUCCCUUAUAUAUAAUUUAAUUACGUUGAUAUCUUCCAGAGAUAUAUAAUUCAUUGAAUAUCUAAAAAUCUAAUUAAGUUUUCCAAAAAAGACCGAAUAAGUUAGAUAACAUUUAAAAUCAAUGUUUUAAUCUCCACUUUUAUUUAGUACCUGUCGAUUUUUAUGUCUUAGUCUUCUGAUAUUUUUUACAUAAUAGAGAUAAUUCUAUCAACGUUAUUUUGUGUAUAUUUGUCAGAUAUUUCUGCAGUAAGAUUACUAAUAUACAGAAUUGACAAUCUCGUAUAUUAUCGUGUGGAAAUCCACACGUAUAUAAUAAGGAUCGUAUUAUUGUAAUAUAUUUCUUUCCAAAAAUAUGUACACGUUGUUUUGUAUACUUAUUAAAAUAAAAUCAUUGACAAACAUACCUCACGAUUUACGAUAAGAUGUUGCAAAGGUAUGUUACAUACAAACGUAUUUAAUCACAUUCAAUUACUGUUCUUAGAUAUAUGCCAUUUUACUAUAUUAUUAAUAAUAUAUGUAAUCGAUUCGGAUAAAAGGAAGUUUCGAGGGAGUUCGAAAAAAAUAGUAUUCGUAAUCUAUCUAAAUCUACUAGCACUUAUUAGCUUUCUGAAUAUUUUUUGUACUUGGAAUAUUCUUUUUUUCAAUUGUAUAUAUUCGCGAGAAUUUACCCUUUUAUCUGUGAUAAAUUUUGCAUAGCCGCUUUAUUUACUAAGCUAAGUGUGCUAUUGUUACAUAAUUCUGAAUAACUUGACAAAAGCAUAUACAUUUUUUGUUCUUCCAUUAUUUCAAUUGUUAGUUUUUGAUGUUCUAGUUUUUGAAGGCUUUCGCUGACUAUUAAAUAAUAUUUUGCUUGAGAGUUGUGAAAACAGUGUAUUCUAUACAUAGAAUUAGCUUGAAGUUGUAGCUUUAAAAUACUUGUGUUUGUAUAUAUAGUAAACUGAAUAUUUCUAAAGAUAUUUGAAGUAUAUAUAUAUUUGCUAAAUCAAAACUAUUCAAAACUAUAGAGAGAUUAAAACAUUCUAAACUAUUUUGCUAUCUUUCUCUGUUGAAAAGUCAAUCAGUUAAACACAUCUUCCUGUUUCACUGCUUCUUUGGCUAACUUUGGUUUUAAUAAAACUUGCUAAAAUCCUUAUAUAUUUAUACAGAAUUGAUAUUAUUUAAAUACAAUCGAUUGAUAUAUUUUAUAGUCUUAGAUUGAAAAUAGCAUAGAUUGAUAAAUACAUCCAAAAUACAUAGAAAAUCUCCGGUUCGCAGAAUAGAACCCUAAGUAUAUUACAACAUAAAUCUAAAACUACUGUGAUAAAGAUUAAUCUGUAAUGCGAGAAGAAUUAUUGUCUAUGAAAUAUAUUAUUUAUCCCAAUA